CGCCAAGGUUUUGUCCUCAUCCUCGGCUUCACAAACCCUGCACCGCACUACCGCAGUGCAGCUCCUCUCUCUCUCUAGGCGAAGCAUUUUUCUAGACUUUCGGGUUGCGGGAGUUGAAUUAAAUUUUUCCACGAAGUAGUUUUCGUUUAAUUUAGUAUUGGUAUUUUGGCGGUGGAAAAAUGUCCUCUCUGGGAACUUCGAAGGGAGUCCUUGAGAUCGCGAAGUUCGGGAUCUAUGUUUCCGUGCCGAUCGUUCUUAUGUACGCCUUCGCUAACAAUACUAAGAAUCUUCAGAAAUUUAUGGGAAAUCGUUCUUAUGUAGUGUAUCCCCCUGAGGGACCAAGGCCUCCCUCGCCAGAGGAACUAAGGGAGAUGGCCCGUGAACUAGCUCGCAAGAACAAAAACCGCUGAAUGUUCUUUGGAUUUGUGAGUGACCAUUUGUAUCUGUUCUGUUCAGUUGUAUUACUAGUGCCUCUUAAAAAGUCAUAAUACAUGUAAUAUGCGAAAAUGGACCCUGUGGAGUUCAUUUUUGAAGUAGAAUAAUUUGUAUGGUUUUCUUUUUCUUAUUGUUUAUAAAUCGCUUUCGUUUA